GGUGGAAAAAAAGUGGUGGAAAAAAGCCACUCUAAAGUGGUGAAUGAAACAGGUUGAUGUGGUGGAAAAAAGCUGGUCCCUAAAUUGAAUUAAAAUGUGAAAUCAUUACAGCGAUUAAAUCGCUGCGAUUUAUCAGAGGUAAAAGCAGCUUUUAAACCAGAAAACACCAUGUUUAUGCUGCCAUCUAUAGAGCUGUUUUGCGUUUUGUGUUUUGAAGGUGUGAAUUGCUAAGCUCAAGUCUAUGGCGUUAUGGGUUAAUAGCUAAAAAGUUUAUCAAUUGUAUGUUUGCAUUUUUGCCAUAAUUUUUAACUGAUUGAAAUGUUUCUUUUUAAUGGGAGUAUUGCUUGGUGAUCCAGGCUAGAAAAGUCAAAAAAUGUCUAGUCUCACCUCUGAAGGGACCAGUGAAACCAAUUGCUCAAAUGGUGAUAAAAGUGAUACUUGCUGUCCAUCGAUGAGUCAAAAAAGUGACAACAAACCUUCCCUCAGACCUAAGCCUCUAUUGACAUUAAACAACAACAACAAUAUUAUUAUUGAUGGUGACAAUCUUACUCAUCAAAGCGACCUUUUAGAUUCACUUUCAUCCUCUCCUUCACAUCGCCAUCAAAUCUGUGUUACAUCAACAUCAUCAAUUUCAGUAUCAAAAACAACUAACACUCAACAACGGUUGCCUUGUCGUCCUGCUCCUGGUCCACCCUCAACUCGAAGCUCAAUUUCAUCAGUAAUUUCUUCUACCGGAUCAUUGAAUGGUGUUGACGGUGAAUUGCGACGCUCUAUAACUCCUAGAGCCACAACACCAAAACCUCCUGUACCUGUCAAGCCUGCUCAUCUUCGGAAUUUACGGUUUGCCUCUCCAUCGCCGCCGGCAACAUUAAAAAAAUCCAACUCAAAAGAAAAUGAAUCAACGGGUAUCAAGCAAUCAUCUCAUCUUGACAAGAGUUGCUCACCAAAAUGUACAACUCAAUUAAAAUGUCUGCCGGAAAAGGCUUCACCUCCACAAUCAAGGAAAAUCAAGGAACAACAAGAAGACUCUCUAUCAGAUAAUAUCUCAAUAUCCCCCGAGUUACGACGAAAAUCGUCUUCCGUGAAUGGCACAAUUGGUAGUUUCCUUCAUCCACAUUCAACUAUAGAUACACCUAUUUCAUCAGAAGAGGAAUUCUCGGAUUCUCGGUCAAUCGGAUCCACCAAUUCAAUUAUUAUUGCAACUAACACUGAGAUCGAUGGAGGAGAAAAAAACAUCAACCCUGAAGAGGAAAUGAAAAAACGCCAGGAACGAAAGUUAUUCUUAGUAGCCCAGGAAUUAACCAAAACUGAGGAAGAUUUUGUCAAUAAUAUGGUUUUACUCUUAGAUUUUCGUGAACACAUCCGUAACUCCAUUCCCGAGGAAAUAAUCAAUUCAAUAUUUCGAUAUGUUCCGGAACUACAUGAGUAUCACAAACAGUUGGCCGAAGAAUUUAGAAACCGGAUUAAUAAAUGGGAAAGUAAUCCUAAAAUUGCUGAUGUUCUCAUUAUCAUGGGACCUUUUCUAAAACCUCACGCUCCUUAUACAAAAGAGUUUACUUCCAUGGUUACAACUCUUGAAGAGGCAACAAAAAAAUAUCCAGGUUUUGCUGAUGCCUUAAAAGAGUUCGAGAAAACUGAUCGAUGCAAUAAAUUGCUAGUCCGCCAUUAUAUGCACAAACCAGUUCAAAGAUUACCACAAUAUAAAUUAAUAUUGGAAAAAUAUCAGACUUAUUUAACCGAAGAUCAUCCCGACUACAAAGAUACACUUGCCGCUAUUGAAUUGGUCAGCAAAAUUGCAGACUUUGCCAAUGAUUUUGUUCGUAAAGGUGAUAGCUCUUCAAAGCUACUGAAAAUUCAAACUUCACUGGUUCGCUCUUACGAGAUAAUCAAACCUGGCCGAGUUUUACUAAAAGACGGAGAAUUAGAUAAACUAUCUCGCCAUGAACCUCAACCCCGAUUAUUUCUUCUAUGCAAUGAUUGUCUCAUUUAUUUGACCGCAUUACAACAAGGAACUGUUUACAAGCUAAACCAUGAACUUUCCUUGGAAGGGAUGCGAGUCCAAGUUCCUGACCAUCAACAAUUUCAAAAUGAGUUUAGCAUAAUUUCACCAUCUCGAUCAAUAAGUGUGGCGGCCAAAACUCCAGCUGAAUGUGCAUCUUGGAUUGAAGCAAUUAAAAAGGCCAUCAAAGAUUACGAGACUCGUCGAAAUACCUUUAACACAAGUUCACAUGGGGACAGAGUGGGCGAUCAAGUACUUUUAGGUUUUGAGGCGCCUCUUUGGAUACCUGAUACUCGAGUUACCAUGUGUCAAAUUUGUUCGGCUGAGUUUACGGUUACUUUCCGUCGUCAUCACUGUCGGGCUUGUGGUAAAGUUGUCUGUAAUGAUUGUUCAUCCAACAAAGCUCCUUUAAGGUACUUGAAGUUUAGAGCGGCUCGUGUUUGUGAUCAAUGUUUCCCAGUAUUACAAGAUCAAAUGACUAAAAAGUUAACAAUCUCAAUGACAACGGCUCUGCGUGAUCACGGUGCUUCUUCUGAUGAAGUUAAUGAUGAUUUGGUUGAUGAUAGUGGCUCUGUUAACUCCAAUGGUGCAACCUCAACAGGAUCAACUGUUACUCCGUCCAAUUUUGACCUAGACAAUUUAAAGGCACAAUUUGUUCGUAUACCUCUAGGCUUACGAAGUUCUGGUCGAAGAAAAUCUCUUCCUCAACGAUUAAAAGAGGUCUCUGCUGAUGAUAAAAAUUGUUCAAUCAGUGGCUAUUUGAUGUACAAAAAGAACUACAAAAAGAGCUGGAAAAAAGCUUGGUUUGUGGUCAAAGAAAAAGUAUUAUAUCGAUUCAAGGAAAGCAAUGAUACGGCAGCCCUUCAAAGCCUUCCUAUUCUUGGUUAUCAAGUACAAUUAGUAACUGAUGGUUCCAUUGAUUCCUCUGAAGCUGGAUUAAUAUUUCAACUCUCGCAUCCGGGUCAAAAUACAAUAUUAUUUAAAACUUUAAACCAAGAAUCGGCUUCAAGAUGGAUUCAGGAGAUUUUGAGCAACACUCAAUUGUAAUUUAAUUGCUAUCAUUUAAAGGAUUAUUUUGUCAAAAUUGUUUAAAUCGACUUGUUUUUUUGUGAAUUUUUUCAAACUUUUAACGCCAUUUUCAGUACAAAUUAUUUUCUACUGAUUUCAAACAAAUUAUCUCGUUGAAUUCUUAAGUAUCAUGAUUAUUUUUCUUUCUAAUCAUUGAUUUAUAAUGGUUGUUUAUUUUGCCAAAAGUGUAUCCAUUGUUUUUCCGUUUUUUUGUAAAUUUGUAUUCUCAAACAAAGCUAUAACAGAUUUAAAAGCUCAUCAAUUCAUCAUUAAAUCUCAUUUCAAUAUAUUAAU